UUUCAAAAAUAAACUCACUGGAUUCCAUCCAUCAUUUAAAUCAAAUCGGUAUAAUCUGUGUUUCGAUUUUAAAUUAAUUCCCAAUUGCGAAUUUAAUUAAACAGAAUCCGGCCAUGUUCUUCCAUUCUCCUACACGAACGCAUAUAGAUACGACUAUACAGCGGUGAUAUCUAUAUUAUUUCUGGCGAAUUUCGACGGGUGAGUGCAGCGGCCGCCUCGCAGAUCUGAGUUUUUUUUAGGAUUCCGGAAUAGUCAAAUCCCAGUGCGCCUUAAGAAAGGCUGUUAACAGGUGAAGCUAAGUACUGAGAAAUGGAAGAUCUGGCAAGUUUUUGGGGCCCUGUGACAUCCACACAUGAGUGGUGUGAACUGAAUUACGCCCACUCUUCCUAUAUUGCCGAAUUUUUCAACACCAUAUCUAACGUCCCAUGCAUCAUCCUAGCGCUCAUUGGUCUUGUUACUGCACUGAGACAGCGAUUUGAGAAAAGGUUCAGCGUCCUUCACUUAUCAAAUAUGAUACUUGCCAUUGGCAGCAUGCUCUAUCAUGCCACACUGCAGCGACUGCAGCAGCAAGGGGAUGAAACACCUAUGGUGUGGGAAAUGCUCCUUUACAUCUACAUUCUCUACUCUCCCGACUGGCAUUAUCGAAGUACAAUGCCCACAUUUUUGUUUCUGUAUGGCGCAGUAUUUGCAGUUGCACACUCACAAGUUCGCUUCGACAUUGGUUUCAAGGUGCACUACGCAUUGCUUUGUCUCCUUUGCAUUCCCAGGAUGUACAAGUAUUACAUUCACACAGAAGAAAAAGCUGCUAAGCAGUUGGCAAAGCUGUACGUGGCCUCUCUUGUGAUGGCAACUAUCUGCUGGCUAGUCGACCUUCUCCUGUGCAAGCAUGUUUCGCUGUGGCACUUCAAUCCACAGGGUCAUGCCUGGUGGCAUGUUUUAAUGGGUUUCAACUCAUACUUCGCCAACACAUUUUUGAUGUUCUGCCGAGCUCAACAGCGAGGGUGGGAUCCAAAAGUAGAGCGCUUUUUGGGUAUGCUCCCUUACGUGAAGAUUCAAAAACCGAAAGCCCAGUAGCAGAUGAGAUGAAUAUUACUUGUGAGAAAGUGCGAACAUUUUACGUGCUGGUUGGCAAAGCUGAGUCAUUUUUUUGCUCCUUUUGUUUUGAAACAUGUAUGUAAAUGAUAGCUGGGAGUAACUUAGGUUGCUUGGUAUUUGAAUUUUUACUGUAAAAUUAGAAUUUUGCGAGGUAGAAAUUUUUUAGACUUCCCACUCUAGCCACCAAGUAGAUCUCAUUUAUUAUUGAGUUGUCAAUGUUUUCGAUAUGUCAUGUGUGGUGACUAAUUUCACGUAUUAUUCGUAAACAUAUCUUUUUCAACAAAAA